UUACUGCGACAACCAGAGAUCAGAGCUGUCUUCUUAAAAUAUUCACAGGAAAUCACAAUGGAUCCAAACACAGCACACAGACGUCUGUUAUUAUCUGAGGGAAACAGAAAAGUAACAUGUUUGAGAGAAGAUCAGUCUUAUUCUAAUCACCCAGACAGAUUCACUGUUUGGCGUCAGGUCCUGAGUAGAGAGAGUCUGACUGGACGUUGUUACUGGGAGGUGGAGGUGGCGGAGGGAGUUGAUGUAGCAGUCGCAUACAAGAAUAUCAGCAGAGCAGGAGGCUCAUGUGAAUCUGAAUUUGGAUACAAUGAUAAAUCUUGGUCAUUAUAUUGUAGUAGAAACAGUUAUACCUUUUAUUACAACAGCAUCAGGACUCGAGUGUCAGGUCGUCUGCCCUCCAGAAUAGGAGUGUACCUGGAUCACAGUGCAGGUGUUCUGUCCUUCUACAGAGUCUCUGACACCAUGACUCUCCUCCACAGAAUCCAGACCACGUUCACUCAGCCGCUUUAUGCUGGAGUUUGGGUUUAUACUGGAUCCACAGCUGAGUUCUCCCUGACAGCAGCGGUACAUGGCCUCAGCUUCUCACUUUUGAGGUCGCGUUUGAAACCCAACACUGGCACCAGGAGUCACCUUCCAGGCAUGGCUCACAUGCCCAACGCCAUCCCCAUGCCCCAAAGUCACAAGACUCAGGUGGCAGAGGAGGUCGGGAUCGAAGGCAAACCUGUUGCGACCCGGAGAUGA